CGAGAGCGGUAGCUCAGCCUCACCAGGCUGGAGCCAACGACAUGUCUUCGUUCCACUCCUUCUUCUCUGUUGCUUCUUGCUUCCAAGGGAUUCUCUUGUGGGAGUGGGUUUCCGGGGAACGCGACAUAUGACUAGCCACAAGACGGCGACCUUCAUGAGCAACAUUGUAUACACAAUAUCACACGCUGUGUAGAAAGGAAGCGACGCGCACUUGGAACGACUCACUGGACACAAAAGACCGACUGUACGGCUCCGACCGACUUCGACAGGUCGCUCGAGGGUAGAAUCUAAUCGUCCUGCGGAGGUCGUUCAAUCUAGACGUGCACGGCUACCGGGCCAACUCCGAGACAUACGGCUAUCCGCAUACAUCCACAACUGGCAGGCAUCAUGGAACGACCGGGCAACGUAAAUUUCUCCAACCAAGCUGGCCAUGCUCCACCUUACGGCGCCGCAGGUUACCAAACCGUGCCUCCGACGACCAACUCACAAUGGGCACCUCCGGGACAGCCCCAGGGGACGCAAUAUCAAUAUGGAAGUCAUGGAGCUCAAACACAGCAGUAUACAUAUGGAAGUCAACCCCCUCAAGCACAACAGGGCGUGUACGGCACUCAACCGGCACAGCAAACAUAUCCUCCCCAGCCCACUCAACCUGUCCAACCCGUUCAGCCAGUCCAACCGGCAUAUACGAAUACAGUACCUACGCCAGCGCCAGCAGGACAACCACAGUGGGUGCAACCACAAACGGGCCAGCAGGGGACUUGGGGUCAGCAGGGUCAGCAGGGUGUCGGAGCAGGAGGAGGUUAUCACGCAGGGGCGUAUGGAACUGCACCUGGAUAUGGCCAACAGGUACAGCAGCAGCAGGAACAGCCUCCAGUUCCGCCUCCGAAACCGGCCGGUUUCACAGCGGCGGUGCAUUCGGUUCAGGGGCAGCCUCAACAGCAACAACAGGGAGGAUAUCAACAGCAGCAGCCCCAGCAACAGGCACCAGGAUACCCACCUCAAGUUCCACAGCAACAAGCAUACAACACUCCGGCAGCACCUCCUCCCCAGACCCCCGUAGCAUCCUACUUCCCGCCCACGUCGCUUCCCCAAACCAACACAUACUCCACUCCUUCUUCGGCCAUCUCCCAAUCCCAACAACCCCAACCUAACACAGUCCUCACUCCUGAUGAGCAACAUCCCGCAUACGUCCCACCCUCCCUCAGCGGUCAAGGUGUCACUUCCUACAUGCCCGCCAACACGAAUCCCAUGCCGGGAGUCUACCUUCCUCCGCCCCCGGAUCUACCGGCAUGGCAGCAUGCCACGCAUGCGCCGCUGCAGGGGACGGAGAAGAAGUGGAGAUAUACGGGUUUCGGGGCGCCGGGGGGUUAUGCGGUGCAGGCUGGGCAGGGUCAAAGUGUGCCGCAGCAACAGUCUUAUGGGCAGCCUGUUCAUGAUCAGUUUCAGCAGCAAGGACAGCUUGUGCAACCAGGACAACCGUUGCAACAGCAGUUCGGGAAUGAUGGCCUCGGCCAUGGGCAGGUUCAGCAACCACAGCAGCCACAGCCACAGUAUCCACCAGUACAGCAAGGACAGCCUAUACAGCAACCAGUACAGCAGAUACAGCAGCCAGCCGGGCAGUGGCCACAAACUCAACCCAUCGAUCAGACAUACGGCCAGCAGCAGUCCCUCCCUGCCAUACACGGUGUACAACAACAAGCCUGGUCUCAAACACCGGUUCCCGCCGUAAGCCAACAUCAAUCUACACCUAGUUACUCUGAUAUCCAAGCCCCUAAACCCCUCGGCCACUCCUCCACCACGCCCCCCUCCUUUCUCAAUCAAUCCAGUCCCCAAAGCCAGCCCGUCUCGCCCAUCCUCAACCGCCAAAGCGUGAGUUUUGCCUCGGGCCAUAACACGCGCACUGGCUCUGUCAGCUCCAUCGCCAUCGAAGCCCUCCGUAACCAGCAUGCUCAAGCUACAGCUAAACCGAGCUCUCCAGUCCCGUCGCUGCGAGAACAGCAACAACAGCGGCAAGUUGCGAUUCCUCCGCCAGUUUCAAAACCGGGUCCUGCGUCGGCGUUCAGUGCUCUUGGUGCUGGCGGUCCGUCGGAUUGGGAGCAUUUCAUGGCACCGGGGGAGGAGGUCGAUGAUGAGGAGAUAUUUGGGAAAAAGAAAGAAAACGGUCCGAAGGGGGACGGAGAGGUGAAGGAGGGAACAAAAUCACCUUCAUCUAGUCCACCUUCUGCAACGGAUGGUGUGACACAGCCGAAGCCAGCGUCGCCAGCACAGGGAUCGUCUCCUCAACCCCCACAGCAGGAGUUCGUCAUGGGGGAUGCAGUCGUGGUGUCGCAGUCGCAGUCGCCGAAACCAAGUGAAACUUCACAACCACCAACGACACAGCAGAGCUUUGUGAUGGAUGAUGGAGGGUGGGUGCAGCCAGAGAAGUCGAGUCAAACCGCGACACUGCAGCAACCGCCUUCUGGGCAACAAAGUUUCGUCAUGGACGAUGGUGGGAUUGCACUUCAAUCGCAAGGCACAAAUACCCAGCCACAGUUGGAUCAGCGGAACGAGAUCGAUCGGCUCUCUGCGGAGUUGAAGGCGAGUGUUCAGGAUCUAGCAACAUAUAGGACCAAUGCCGAGAGGGAAAAGGAGGAAUUGCGGGUGGAGCUUGAGAGGGUGAAAGGAGAGCUUGAGACGGCGAGGAGCCAGACUGCGAACGAGAAAUUGGAGGUGGGGAAAUUGAAGGUUGAAGUUGAUUCUCUCAAGACUGAGCUCGAAGCUCUGAAGGCUCAAUCAACAAAUGAUAAAGCAGAGAUUGAACGGGUGAAGGCUGAGAGCGAAGUCUCCAAGACGCACUCUGCGAACGAGAUGGCUGUGCUGAAUGAGCAGAUACAUUCCAUGAGAACAGCCUCCGAUCAAGCGAAAUCGAAUGCAGCGGACCUCGCCAAAGAGAACCAGAACCUCAUCGACAGGCUGAAGGAAGACAUAGAAGGCAAGGACGAUAGCAUCAAGGAGCGAGAUGCCACCAUUGCGGACCUGAAGCGGCAACUUGAAGAGGAGCGAUCCAAGGAAUUUCCUAAGCCUACGCCAGCUGACUUGAUCCCCGAUCUCGAUCCUUGGUACGCUGGGUCUUUGGAGAGAUUUAUCAAUAUGCUAAGAGUGGAGGCGUAUGAGCCGCAGGUGGAAGAGAAGAUCAAGAUCUUCACUGGCUUCUUGAGAGCGGAGUCUGCCGCUAGAGGAUUGGAGUAUUACUCUGCUCCUCCUGCGCCUCCGGCAGCACAGCAAGAUAUCAUCGCAGCAGGAGUAAAGAAGGAAUCGCCGCCGAUAUCGAGAAAGGCGUCGAAUGCCUCGAGUAGAAGGCAGGAUAUACAAAUCAGUGUUCCAGAGCAGAUAAUCGUGGAGCAGGAUCUGGCGCAGUAUAGCCCUGGAGGACGGCCUAUUCUCCCAAGAACAGGGCCGAGUAUCAACGCAUCUGCCGCAAUUGAGCAGACGCGUCCGGCCUCGACUCAGUCGACCGCUAUUCUUACGCCAGCGAGUUCCGUGGAUGACGACGCGAGCAAGACGCCUCUUAUCCAGUCGACACCAGAAGAGCAACCAAAGCCGCAAUACAAAGCAUACGUACCGCCUGCAACCUCGACGCCCGCCCAUGAUUUGACCUUGACGCACAGGCAGUCGAUGAGUUUUGUCAGCCCGGCAUCCAUGGCAGUGCCUCUCCAUAUGAAGAAACCAGAGCAACACGACGAGAUUUUCUUUGGCGAGCCGCAACCUCCCACAGCGCCCAUCAGGCCUGUAAGCAUUGCUAGCAUACCAGCAAGUGGCGACGGCAUCAUUGUCGAAGACGCUGUCCCUGCUCCUCUAUCAGUCAAACCUCGCAUCAGCAGGGAUAGCAGUCCCGCAGCGCCGGCGGCCCUUGAAACUAAAAAGAAGAAGGAAAGCGCAUGGCAAGCCCUCGACUCCCUCAUCCCAGCUCAAAUAUCCGCUUUACCGCCGCACCCCCGCCUCGUCGCCAUCCGUGCCCACUUAUCCUCCCUGGACAACUCCUUCCCUUUCAUCACCGAAUUGAGCUCCAAAUGGGAGAAAGAAGCCGCCAUCGUCCGCAAGAAGAACGAUGACGCCCGUCUCCGCCGCCAGGAGGAGUCAGAAGCCCGAACUGACCAACUUUUCAACGACAACGAGAUCUCCUACGCCGAGAUUGGGGCUAUGGAAGAUGAAUUCAAGGAAAAAGAGAGGGAGGGGAAGGCGAGGGAGGAUAGGGAAGAGUAUGCUAGUUACGUGAGAGAGGUUUUCGAGAAGGGGUAUGAGGGAUUGCAGGCAGAGAUUGGGGGCUUGAUGGAGGCGGGAUGGGAGAUUGAGGAGUUAGUCAGGGACGGAGUUUCGGGUGUGGAGGCUGCGUUCGAUAGGGGAGGGCGUAAGUCCACCGUCGAGGGAGAGGGUGGGGAGGCGAUGCCCCUGGUCGAUGUCAAGGCUGCGCUCGAACUCCUGGUUCAGCUGCAUGAAGCAAUCUCGCUCCGCCAUCAACGAGUCCAUGCUCUUGUGCUCGACCGCGAUCGCAGGUACAAGAAGACAGAAUUGCAGCCGCUGUAUGCCAAAGGUGAUAUCCCCAAGAUGAAAGCGAUGGAGAAGCAUUUCGAGGCUGCGGAGAGGAAGGCGAUAGCGAGAGGCAAGGAGGAGAUUGCCAGGGGGAUGAGCGAAGUUCUCGGCGUAGUGGAGAGGGUUGUUCGAGGUGUCGUGGGGAGAGAGGGCGAGCUGGGGGAGGAAUUGUUGGGCUGCGUGCGGGAUGUGCUUGAGGAGGAGGAGGAGGGGCAGGAUGAGGCAAAUGGAGAGGGAGAACGAACGCAGGAAUGGAAGACGCAAGUCCUGGGUCGUGCGCGGGACGGUCUCUCCGCCUUGAGCGCUUCCAGCCAACAACUCAUGACGGUUUUCAAUGGCGUGGAGAUUGCGACGGCAAAGGCGUGUCUGGAGGCGGAAAUCGCAGCGGCAAAGGUCGACGCUGCUCCCUCGGCGUCUGACAUUGGAGCCCAGAUCAAAGAGAUGGAGGAACGGUUGGCUGGACUGGAAAAGAAGAUGAAGGAGGAGUUUGAGGAGAGGAUGGAAGUCCUCAGGGAAAGGGAGAGGGAGGGGUUGGCGCUGGUUGGGGAAGUUGAGGGUGUGGUCAAGGAGGGUGGCAAGGGGGGUGUUGGGAUUGGGAAUCCGACGGAGGGGGAGAGCGAGAGGGAGAGGAGGAUGAAGGAGGCGCUGCUGGAGGCUAGGAGGAGGAAUGGCGAGGCUGUUUGAGGCUGCGUCUUCCCUUGGUCCUUGUGUUCUACUAUUGGUUGUCAGUUGGUAUGGUUUGUGGUUUGUGAUUGUGGUUCCAGCAUUUGAGCGCUAGAAGAUAUCCCCGUUGCUUUGUCGUCGGCUCGUUGAUGGGUAUAAAUCAUAGGCGGCUCUGGAUAAUUGACUAUAUGUACCUC